AUGGUGUAUAUAUUACAACAGAAAAUUAAAUCAUUUCUUGAAAACUUUAAAGAAAAGGUACGAACAAUAAAACUUGAAGGUUAUGCAUUGGCUUAUGUUUAUCAAGAUCAACGAACUUCAUGGUAUGCUAAACUAUCAAUUAUAAUAACUCUUGGUUAUUUAUUAAGUCCAAUUGAUCUGAUACCAGAUUUCAUUCCUAUUUUGGGCUAUUUGGAUGAUCUUAUUCUUGUUCCAUUGUUAAUUCUCUUAUCAAUUAAAUUAAUACCAAAGGAUGUUUUAAAAGAAUGUCGAGAAAAGGCUCAAAACCAAUUAAAUAAGACAAAACAGUCAAAGCAAACAGCUUGGUGGUUUGCUAUUUUAAUUGUGUUAUUCUAUGCAGUUAUCAUUUAUUUUAUAAUUAAUUGGGUAAAGUGUCGAUGGUUCAGAACGACAAACUCUUCUUUGUCGGAUAAUUCUCAGAAUUAA